AUGCGACCGAAUCCGUCCCGUAGACAAUCGUUUCUCUACCGCGCGGGAACUCAGUUGGACGGAGCGAGUACUCUGAAUCUGCGAUCUGACGGUCCGGUUCAUUUGGAUAGGGAUGAUCGACAGUUUAUCACUCCGUUCGCGCAGAUAUUAUCCAUUUUGAAGAAAGCGCACGGAUUUUUGGCACAAUAUAAAACCGACAUUCUCAGUCGUGAAUUAUCAACCUCACUUAGUGACAGCACCUCCGGUCCGAAGGGUGCUGAUCACGAGGAGCAAAGUACCGACGAUCUGGUUGAAGACAUAGCCGGCGAGGAAGAUGAGGCCGAGGCAGAUGCUACCGAGGCAGCAGCAGCUGCGGCAGUAGCCUCGGGGGAAUCGGGUAACACGGUGGAUAGUGGAGGGGCAAAAUCACUCAAUCGGCAUCGACCUUAUCUAUCCCGUAUUCGCAGCAGCGCCAGUGGUCUACGACAGCAACAAACACAUUCCAACUGUUCAUCGCAAAUCUCCGAUUACAUUUAUCAAACAUUCGUGGAGGAAGACGAGGACGAGGAGUUGGAAUUGGGCAAACUCAAUGAUGAGGAAGGAGAUCGACUUGAAAAGGCCAAUAGUGAAAUCCAGUCUAACGGAUUGAAUGGAUCGAUCCAUGAUUCGUUGGAAGUGUCCGAUUUGGAAUCCCAUGAACCAUUGGGGCAAAGUUCCGGUCUAUCGGAGCAGAACUCAUCGGAGGACAGCUCACAGCGUCUGUUUCAUCAAUUGACCUCAUUAUGGAAAAAAGAAUCGCGGUUCAAUGCAGAUGCUGUUGCACAAGAUCAAAGCGAUCUGGUUCGAUGGACGGCGUGCCGCGGUCUGCUCAGUCAUUCGGAUACCGAUGCAAGCAGUUUGUUUCCCGUGAUGCCAAGAAUUUCCACAAAGAAGUCGUGGUUCACCGAUGGAGAUGAUAGAUUCAUUGCUUCCUAUGUCGACAUCUUUGGUAAUGAAGUGGUUAUGCUCACUCAGGAUUCCUAA